AUGGAAAUGGCAUACGAUGAUUCGGCUUGGGAACGCAGUGACACGAUCUUUGAUAGCUUCAAGAAAAAGGCCUCAAGCCCGGAUGUUCUGCGAGCUGUCACUGAAUUUAUGGCAGCUAAAUACCCCGUGUCUCAACCGAAUGACCGUGCCCGUAUAAUAGGCGUUGGCGCCUUCAACUUCUGUUAUCGUAUGGAGUUUGGUAAUGGAACAUCCUCCCUUUUACGCUUCGCGUCCCCUGGGCGUAGUAUGUUCCCAGAGGAAAAGACCCAAGCGGAGGUUGCUAUCAUGCUCUACCUCAAGGACAAUACUGAUAUCCCUAUUCCAACUAUCUUUGACUGGGGCAUGGAAGGACCCUGUGAUAUGGGCCCGUAUAUCCUGAUGGAGUUCGUCAGCAGCGCUUCCAACCUUACGGCAAAGCUAAGAAAACCUGGCUAUGCCAGAGAGGACCGUCCUGUGCUCGACCCCGAUAUCAACGAAUCAAAGCUAGAGCUUUUGUAUGGGCAAAUGGCUGACAUUACGUUACAACUGUCGAGGUGUUCUUUCAACAAGAUUGGCUGCCUAGCUGCUGGGCCCGGCGGCUGGGCUGUCACAAAACGUCCAUUGACAAUGAAUAUGAACGAGCUUGUCCAACUCGGUGGUUAUCCCAAGGAUUUGCUACCAUCGUCUCCUUUUACAUCUGCAUCCGAUUAUUUAAAGAACCUUGCUGAGACUCAAUAUACACAUCUAUCAACACAACGUAACGAUGCCAUCUGCUCGGAGGAGGAUUGCCGCCGUAAAUACACCAUCAGAAAGAUAGUACUUAAGCUCGCAGAACAGUCAAAACUCAUGGGUCAGGAUAGCAUCGACCACAACGAGUACAGACUUUUCUGUGACGACCUCCGGCCAACGAACGUACUUAUCGACGAGAACUCCAAGGUCGUCGCCGUGAUUGACUGGGAAUUCACAUAUACUGCGCCCUCUGAAUUCACGGAUAGUCCUCCAUGGUGGCUACUUUUGGAAACACCAGAAGAAUGGCCUUCAGGCAUAUUAGACUGGGCUGUAACUUACGACUCACGGCUUAAAGUCUUCCUUCGAGCGAUGACGCGGCAGGAAGAUAUCGCAAUCCGUGAUGGGCGAUUAUCUGAUAGGGAGCGGCUCUCUGAAAGGAUGUAUAAUAACUGGAGCACUGGUGCUUUCUGGAUCAAUUACGGUUUACGGAAAAGCUGGGCUCUAGAUAUCGUUUGGCCCUUCAUCGACCGGGCGAUAUUUGGUGGAGAACAACCACACGAGCAGAGAAUAGCCUUGCUUGAGAAUAGAAUCCAGCUCACCGACGGCGAGCGUAAGGAAAUGGAUGCCUUCGUUCAACGCAAGUUAAGGGAUUUGGCAACUUAG